CUAAGUUCUCUGGUUGAACGAUGUGGGUGAUGUUUGAGAUGCAUUUAUUUGUCGUUGUCUAAUGCUCAAAGAUGUUAAAGAUGGAAUCCAUAUAUUGAAAUAUUUAAAAAUCGUAUUUAUUAUUUAACAAAAAGGCAUGUGAGGACAUUAAAUGUCAUUCCUGUAUUAAUAAACUUUUCUGAUACGAUAUUAAAUAAAACACUCAAACUUCAAAAACAAUUUCACAUCAAAUGUCUUUAUCAUUAAUCUUUAAUUUUUUCUUAGCACAAUCUUCUAAUUUGUUUAACCGUAACACACGACCCAGUAUUGAAUGCUUGAAAAAUGAUCGUUUCUACCGCGAUCCGAAUCGACCCGUACAUAAGAUUUGGACCAACAUUGAAUGUUCGAAGUAUUUCCUUUGUUUAGAUGGUGACGUUUUUGAAUUCAAAUGCUCGGAGGGCUUAUUAUUUGAUGUUGUCAGACAAAUUUGUGAUUUUAAACAGAAUGUGGAUAACUGUGAUAUCACUGCAGAGAAACAAAUCCCAAAACCACUAUUGGAAAAAGGUGGAUGCAAAGACAAAACACAUUUAGGUUGCGGCGACGGCACUUGUCUACCAAAUGAAUAUUUUUGUGAUGGAUCCGUUGAUUGCCCAGAUGAAUCCGAUGAGGGUUGGUGCGAUAUGGAUAACGAUCCCAAUGCUGCUGUUUCUUGUGACAUGCGUAAAUGCCAGUUACCCGACUGCUUCUGCUCCAAAGAUGGCACACAAAUACCAGGACGAUUAAGCCCAAGUAUGGUCCCACAAAUGAUAAUGUUAACGUUUGUUACCUUACGCUGAUACGCGUUAACUGCGUACACAUGUGUAAGUUAUGGCGAUUUCAUUCAAUAUUUAAUAUUUUGAAAACCGGAUCGCGCGAUAAAUAUUGAACGCAUUUUGUAUAUAA